AUGAAAUAUUUGAUAAACGGUUAUAAGAACCCUUCUUCAUUGGUUUGCGGCGGGCGGCUGGCGGGGACGGAGGAGGCGGGCGGCCAAUGGGAGGCGGGGUCAUGUAGGCGGGCGGCUGCCCUGACCAAUGGAUUGCGGGGGCGGGAUCUGUGGGUGGAGGGCGGGGCGGGGCGCCGGGCGGAAGGUGCUGAAGAUGGAGGAGGAGGAGGAGGCGGCGGCGGAGCUAGAGCUGUGGCCAGGGCCGGGGUAUGCUGCCUACCGGCCCGACCCGACCCUCGCUUCUCACCCCCCAACCCCCUCCACCUCCGGUCUCUUUAUUCCCCCCUCCCCUUCCUCAGGCAAAGGCACAACGAUCGGCAGCACGUCCCGGGAAGAGCGGGCGACCAAAACUUUGGGAAAUAUGUUGCACCGAUCGCCUCCAUUUUUUUGUGUGCAACUUUGAGCUGCGUUCAUUUAUUUGAUUUGUUAUUUUUUUCUCUCUCUUUCUGCUUGCAGUUUCUGCAGUUUCGCGGACGGCUGUUUACGGCGUGGGGGCUCCAGUCAGUGGUAACGUUGAGGAUGUUUAACCGAUGGGAUGCGGCGCCUUGGGUUUUCGAUCGACCUUCCGAAGUGAUCCGUUCGGCCUCACACCCGAUGUAAACAGACGGAACUGUUGUUAUCACCACCACCCUUUGCUCCGCUGUCUCGGGGUAAAUAAACUGGCGUGAACUAAA